CUCAGCUAGCAAAAACCCAAAAAAUAUUAAAACCAAAAUGGAGAGAUCACCACUAAACCUUAUGGUGAGUUUCUUCAACAUUCCACCAUUGUGGAGAGAGUGUCUCUCUUCAGCAUUUAGAACCGCCUUAGCUUGCACCAUAGUAGCUGGUGCAACACUUUAUGGACCUAUUUCAAUUACAAGCCUAAUAACAUUCCCUGCAUUUUCAUACGUGGUUGUGAUUCUCAUUAUCAUAAAUGAUGCUACUUUAGGUGACUCUCUACGUGGUUGUUGGCUAGGGCUUUAUGCUACAAUUCAAAGUUUAGGUCCAGCUAUGUUGAGUUUAUGGGCUAUAGGUCCAAAUCAUUUCUCUAAAGGAACUGCUUCUAUUGCUGUGGCAUUGGCUGCAUUUGUUGUGGUUUUACCUUCUCAAUCAACACAUUUGAUAGCUAAGAGAAUUUCAUUGGGUCAGAUUGUGUUGGUGUAUGUGUUGGCUUAUUCUAAUGGUGCUCAUAUUGAUCCUAUUAUGCAUCCUAUUCAUUUGGCUGCUAGUACUGCUUUAGGUGUAAUUGCUUGUGUGCUUGCAUUGCUUCUUCCUUACCCUCGUUUUGCUUGCUACCAGGUGAACAAAAACUACAAGCUAUUAACAAAUAAUGUGUUGAAGAGAUUGAAGCUUCUUGUAAAGGUAAUUAGUGAGGAGGAAAAUACUUCUGCAUUUGGAUUAAUCUCUCGUGCUAAGUCUUUGGCAACCAAGCGAACCAAGCUCCUUUUCACCAUCAUGCGAUACCUUGAUGGCAUGAAGUGGGAGAGGCUUCCAAUUAAUUUUUUCAAACCACAUUACAAUAAAUUGGGAGAGAAACUUCAAGAGGUAGAUACCAAUCUAAUAGGAAUGGAAUUGGCUUUAAGUUGCUACAAAUCAUUCCCAAUCAACAUUCUUGACCAAGACCUUAAACAUGGUCUAAACACACUUGAGGAGCAUGUCAGCCUAACCAUUAAAAAUGCUAAACACACUUUCCUCGGUAGUGGUUCACUUACUGUUCCUGAAUCCAAUGCAAAAAACAUAACACAUUUUCUUCAAUCCCUUCAUACCAUUCCAACAACUCACCAAGAAUUACCCAUUUUUUUCUUCCUAUUUUGUGCCAAACUCCUUCACAUGAAACCAUCAACCGAAGGCCCAACAAAUGUCCAAGCCCAGCCCAUUCACAAAAAAGAAAUUUCUCACGAAGAUAAAGAUAAAUGGGCCAAUUGGGCCACAAAAUUGAAAAGCUCAAAUCUUCUCCCGGCAAUAAAGUACUCUUUCGCAUUGGGUCUAUCAGUAUUCAUGGGCUUAUUGUAUAGCAAAGAAAGUGGUUUCUGGUCUGGGCUUCCGGUGGCCGUAAGCUACGUUUCAGGUAGAGAAGCGACUUUUCGGGCCGCAAAUGUUAAAGCCCAAGGAACGGUGAUCGGAACUGUGUACGGUGUGUUGGGUUGUUUCGUGUUUAAUAGAUUAUUGUCAAUUAGAUUCUUGUCUUUGCUUCCAUGGUUCAUUUUCACAAGUUUCCUUCAACGAAGCCGAAUGUAUGGGCCUGCGGGUGGCAUUUCGGCAGUGAUUGGGGCAGUUUUGAUAUUGGGCCGAAAAAACAUAGGCCCACCAAGCGAGUUCGCCAUAGAAAGAAUCAUCGAAACUUUUAUUGGGCUUUCAUGUUCUAUUUUUGUGGAUCUUCUUUUUUGGCCCAAAAGGGCUUCAACAUGUGCCAAAUAUGAACUCUCCCAAUGUUUGUUCACACUAGUUGAAACAAUUGGAACAUUGAGCCUAGUUGGCAAAACUGAUUCACAAUUGGAAGAAAAUCAAAGAAAACUUAAGGCCCAAGUUAAUGAGCUUAGAAAAUUUGUGGUAGAGGCAGAAGCUGAACCUAAUUUUUGGUUUUUACCAUUUCAUAGUGGUUGCUAUAAUAGGCUUUUAGGCUCAUUAUCGAAGUUAGUGGAUGUUUUGCAUUUUGGAGAACGUGCAUUAAAAUCACUUCAACAAGAGUUUCAAAGAAGUGACAAUUUUGUGAAUAUGUUACAAAGUGAACUUCUACAUGUUAAGGAAAUUAUUUGCUCUUCCAUCAAAGGUCUUGAAGAAAUUUCCAAGAUGAAAUCAUUCAAGUUUGUUGAGAAAGAGAUUGAAAAAAAGAACAUGUCUAGUGAUGUUGAAAUGGGAAAGUCAAGAGAGGAUGACACGUGGCUUUCGGGUUUGGGAGAGGAUGGAACAAGAGAAAUCAUAGAGACUUUUCUUCAAAGAUCAAGAGAUGUUGUUGAGAAGUUGUAUAGUGAUGAAGGUGAGAAGGAGGUGAAGAGUGAAGUUGUUUUGAAUUUGAGUGUUGUUGGGUUCUGUUUGAAUGUGUGCAUGCAUGGGACAAUAGAGAUUGAAAAGGCAAUGAGGGAACUUGUUCAAUGGGAGAAUCCCUCUAGCAGUAUUUAAUUUGUGUCUGCAUGCUCUCAACAAAUGAAAUUGAUCUUGUCAAAAAGAAAUGAAAUUUAAAUGGUUGAAUCUAUAUAGGUAGUAUACUAUAUUCUCAACAAAAAAGAAUAAUGUCCGAUGCAUACUACAAUGUAUUGUUAACAUCCAUAUCAAAAAACAAAAAAUAAUGUACUAUACAUACCACAAUCUAUUGUUAA